AAGAUGGCAGCUGAGAGCCAGCACGUAUAAAAGAUGGUGACACCAGAGCAACAGCACUCACCAUACUUCCCUCACUUCACCAACAUCACUCUCACCAUGACCGCAUUCAAGGUGUUGCUGCUGACGGUGCUGACGUGGGCUGUGGUGCUCGCCCUGCCUCAGCUCAUUGACCCUCAUGCUACCGUGCCCCACUACGAGUUCGGGUACGAGGUCAACGCUCCGGACUACGGCAACGACUUCGCGCACGCAGAGCGUCGCGAUGGUCCAGACACCACGGGAGAGUACCGCGUCCUGCUACCCGACGGCCGCACCCAGGUGGUCACUUACACCGUCAGUGGAGACUCGGGCUAUGUGGCACAAGUCUCCUACCAGUAGCCUGUACGUCACUGGAGACUCCGGCUACGUGGCGCAGGUCUGCUAGCAGUGAUCUGCACGUCAGUGCAGCUUCGUGGCGCAGGUCUUCCAGUGACCUGCGUGUCAAUGGAGACUUCGGCUACGUGGUGCAGAUCUGCUGUCAUUGUCAUUCGAGAGUUUUCUAAUGACUUACUACUUAAAUAUCAUCAGCUAUCUAAACAAAUGGUACUCGGUAAUCCUCUCUUGUUAUUUCUGUAAUACUGCCACUGUCUUCCUCCAUCUUGUCUUCCUCCCUCACGGUGGGUUUAGGUCUUCCUGUACCCUGACUCUCACCAUGGCAUGCCCAACGCGCAUGCAGUCAUUCCUUACUCUACUGUAUUCUAACCUUCCUCUUUUUAUUAUUUUAUAACCCUCCCCUUCUUCCCUCUUGCUCCCCAACCCUUCCCUCUUACUCUCUAGCCCUGUACUGUAUUAUGCUUGCUGUAAUUAUUAGUUGACCCAUAGAAACUAAAAUACUGAACGUCUUUCAUACGCUUUAUGUGUUCAAAACUGUUCAUGCAUGAUACUGAUUAGGUCGUUUUUUACUGGGACCAGAGUGUGUUUAGUGUGUUAUGCGAGUGUUAUGACACUAUAUAGUGUGAGUGUUAUGACAGUGUACAGUGUGAGUGUUAUGACACUAUAUAGUGUAAGUGUUAUGACAGUGUACAGUGUGAGUGUUAUGACACUAUAUAGUGUGAGUGUUAUGACAGUGUACAGUGUGAGUGUUAUGACACUAUAUAGUGUGAGUGUUAUGACACUAUAUAGUGUGAGUGUUAUGACAGUGUAUAGUGUGAGUGUUAUGACAGUGUACAGUGUGAGUGUUAUGACACUAUAUAGUGUGAGUGUUAUGACAGUGUACAGUGUGAGUGUUAUGGCACUAUAUAGUGUGAGUGUUAUGUUAUGACAUCAUAUAUUGUAUUAUGACUGUCGUCAGUGUAUGUCAUAACAUACACUGAACACAGUCAUAAUACACUAUACACUGUCAUAAUACUCACACUAUACACUGUCAUAACACUCACACUGUACACUGUCAUAACACUCACACUAUACACUGUCAUAA